CCUGAGCCGUUCUGUUUGACUUUACAGCUAGGUCCAUUACACUAAGCGCUAUAUAAACACACACACUGACAUACCCCCAUACCAAAGUCAACCACGCCUCCAUAUGAACUUCACCACCCCUCAAUUAAAUCUCACACACCAUCUUCUCUGCCAAAAAAGAAAGCAUCGUUACGAUCGAAUUGCUCAUGGAGUACUCCAACGACUGGGAUCUGCAGGCGGUCGUGAGGAGCUGCGGCACGGCUGCGUGCAGCAGCCCGGGAGCAGAGCCUCAGGUGGCGCAGCCUCGGCACGAGGAGGCUCGCUGCGAAGCCACCAUCGUAGGCCGUGCGGCGGCCCCGGAGCUCCUCGGGCAACCGGUGCGGCCGGCGGUGCCCUCGUUGUGCGACCCGGACUACUUGGACUUGGAUCACGAGCUGCCGUGGCCGCCGUUCUCGAUCACGCCGUCCCGUGAGCGGGGGCUCGAUCACGAGGUGUUCAUCUCAUUCCCGGCUGCCUCGACGUCCGGGCAGCAGCUUAUGCAGCUGAGGAAGCAGCCAGCUGGCCGCAAGCCGGGCGUUCGCACUCCCAGGCCUAAAAGGAGUAAGAAGUGCCAGUUGAAGAAAGUGGUGUGCGAGGUGCCGGUGGCCGACGGCGGCGUCUCCACGGACCUGUGGGCAUGGCGCAAGUACGGACAGAAGCCUAUCAAGGGCUCACCGUAUCCACGGGGAUACUACAAGUGCAGCAGCUUGAAGGCGUGCAUAGCGCGGAAGCUGGUGGAGCGCAGCCCGGCGAAGCCCGGGGUGCUCAUCGUCACGUACAUCGCGGAGCACUGCCACGCGGUGCCGACGAUGCUCAACGCGCUGGCCGGCACGACGCGGCACAUGCCGGCGUCCCCUGACCACCAGACGUCCCAGUCCCACGGCGCGUCGGACGAGGCGUCAGGCAAGCGUGAGGAUAGCGCCGACGCGUCGCCCAUGGCCGUGGACGGCGGUAGCGUGGAGACGGCAGACGGCGAGAACGCGCUAUGGCCAGUGGACAUGGCGCUUGAUGAUUUCUUGGGGACGUUUCAUGACGACUUCGAGCAUUUUUUCGAGGACGACGGCGUUCUACGACGCCGGUGCCCGCUGUCGCUAUAGUUGGGGACAACUGAUUAGAGCUAUUGAAUAUUAUUGACUGCAAAUUGUCUCUUUUAUUCGUUCUUCUUCAGUUAAGAGAGGUUGGUGUGUCUUGGUGAUGCAAUGCAAUUAGACGAGGUGUACUGUAAUUGACCGUGCUUUAUCUGGUGUGUUUGGCAACAUCUCUCGUAAUGGAAGAAUAAUUUAUACACGCAUGACGGCCGUGAUGUUUCAAUUGUUUAUCGAGGCUCAAUGAAUACGA